AUGAUGUUUCGUCAGCAGCUUGAUCAGUUGGUCGAGGAUCUGAACCGAACCAACCCACGCUACAUCCGAUGCAUCAAGCCCAAUGGGCACAAGCAGGCACAUGAGAUGGAUUCUCUCGACGUGCAGAGACAGCUUCGAUGUGCCGGCAUGCUGGAGUCGAUUCGCAUCCGACGGGCAUCUUGCAUUGAUUUGUGA